AUGGCGGCCGCAUCAGCAGCAGGCGUACUUACUCGCACGCAGCGCAGCGCAGCGCCGGGCCACGCGUCUCCAGGAGCUCCGGGCGACGCGACGCCACGACGGCAAAACACCGCGGCCGACGCCAGCCGGCAAGUCGCCGCCAGCCCAGCACUCCACUGCCGCCAGCACUCUGCUCCUAUCUGCAGAGAACAGACGGAGCGCAGCGGCGGUAGAACAACACCGGCGCUGGGACUCCCACCACCAUAUGUUCACACUGCGGAGGGAGGUGGGAUCCCCCGCCGAAAGAAGGAUGGUGUUUACCGCAGCGGGCGCUCAGGGAGGCCUGGCAGCCAAUCAGGCAGAAGUCAGUCCCCCUCUCACCCCUACCCUCCUCCAGCCCCCAAAGCUCCCAUGGGGAGCGCGGCGGUCAAGGGUCCGUCUCCGGCGGUCAGUGAGCGACGCCUGCGUUCGCGGUCGCCGGGCCCUGGAUUAAGCGCCGCCACUGUAGGCCACCCUCCUGCCUCCGCUGUGCGGCGGUCAGCAGCAUCAGUAGGCUAA